AGGUGAUACUGCCAUCUCAUUGGUCUAAAUGUACGUCAAUCAGCGGGAUAGUGGCGUAGAAUGUGUUUGUUAUAGGUAAGAGGGCAAAUGCGUAGUAGACAAAAGUACUGAAUUCGAUACUCUACGCUAAUGGCUCUGAAUUGAUACUACCUUAAAAAGACACUCUCACAGAGGAAGUGAUGUAUUAUUCCGGAAAAAGGCGAGGAGAAGAUGGAAUUGCUGCUGUCAUUGACUUCCUGUUGUCCAAUGCCCGUCUGGUUCUGGGGGUGGGCGGAGCUGCAAUGCUGGGCAUUGCCACAUUAGCUGUGAAACGGCUGAUAGAACGUGCCGGCAGGCCUCCUGAUGAGAAGCCUGACAAGAAGAUGACGGACAGCUGGGAGGAGUUAAGCUUGGUUAGUGCCUCCCCCAAACUGCUCCACAAGGGUAUUGAAGGAGUGGUCAUGAAACAGAUUGCAGCUGCAACCAAGAAAGCGGAACUGUCUCAACCUAUCCCCCUACCCUCACCUGAGCCCCAGCGGAGUGACGCUGACCCACCUCAACGGCGGAAACGCUUGGAUCUGUGUGUGAUGACGUUUGCGGAGCGUCUGCAACUGUACUACAGAACACGAGUGUGUCUGUCAGCGGAGGAGGUGUCUGUCGCACAGCAGCGAGCGUUGGAUAUAGCCACAGAGAUCCAGGCCUUCCUGCACUCCAAACACCCAGACAUGCCACUGGGAGACAUGAUGCUGGCGGGGUCACUGCUCGACGACCUUCAAGUGGUUAAAGCCGACCAUGCCUGCCUGAUCGUGCCUUUACAGUUGGAGUCCAGUCUGUGGGCGCCUAUUGCCGGAGAGGACACAUUUUUGGGUCACCCUCAGUACUGCAUGGUGCGCCGUGAAAACCUUGAGUACUUCCCAAGGGGGCGGAGCUACUGGGAUCGACAUUUACUGGGUGGAUACUUGUCGUCACGGCUUGCUUCUGAGCAAUUAGGCAAGGCGGUGAUGGAAUCAAUGAACUGGCCAUCGCUGACCGGAACCCUGGAGUGUGAGGUGCGACCGGUGCUUGGGUCUCCUGAGCUCAAACUGGAGAUUCAAGGAUUAACCCAAAGCAGUGGAGAAAGCUUCUAUAUUACCGUGUUGCCAACAGUGCGCCUUGGUGAGAUGACGCUUACGGCGCAACGGGAGAUCACUGGGUCAUUCGACUACGUCUGGUACCAGAGCCUAUACACCAAUGAAACAACUAGACUAGCAGCGCUUGACAAAGCAGACUUGGGGGUCAGAAGGAAGUGCCUGAAAACACUAAAGGCUGUGUGCCGCAACUGCCCUGCACUACGCAAGCUCAACGGCAGCCAUAUUAGCAACGUCGUUCUACACAUGAGUGAAAAAGAAACUGAUUGGUCGGAAUCUGCGUUUGCUGAUAGGUUCCUGCAGGCGAUCACUGAGCUAAUUGGAUACCUGGAGAUCGGAAUCUUGCCUAGUUUCUUCAAACCUAAUGUGAAUCUGUUUCAAGGUUUUACUGAGGAUGACAUUGACGAGAUGGGCUUCAUGCUCUAUUGUGCCGUAACUGAACCUGAGAUACUACUGAUUUGAUUCACUCCUAUACUUGUGCAUAGAGUAUUACAUUUAUCCAAACCUCUAUCUCUAUGGCUACAGGCAUUAAUGCAUCUUUAAACAAAGAAUGUAAUAUUACAUAUUACGUGUCUCUUCACAGUUGUGAAUCUCCGCUUAUCUACUUCCUUUUAAAGGGGGUUUUGAAGUGACAUAGGCACCAUUUAUCUAUGCAGCACUUACCUAGUCAGACACUUUGCUUAGAUGUAGAUUUGAGAGAGAAUUUUCAUAAAACGUCUUCACUCUGAGCUUCUGCUAGUGUGUGUAUGGGUAUUUAGACCAUGUGUCUGAUUUAAGAAGCUCUGCGUUAACCAUGAUUAUAUUUGUUCUACUAUUUUCCUUUUUGGAGCAGUAAUCAUAGACCGUGUGAAGCUAUGUUGACUUUGAAGAAGCAAGUACUUAAGACAAUAAAGCAGUAAUGCAAAAAUAUUUUUAUAUACAAUUUUGUCAGUCUUGAUUACAAAGUAGUUUGAUUGGGGAAAAUGUGCAUUGAGUGUUGUCUAAACCUUUAUAAGGCUUUUUUUUUUCCUACCUACUCACAUUCUUCCCUUUUGUCAGUACCAGCAUAAAUGGCUAAAAAGGACAUAAUUAAACUAUAGUUAAUAUGUGAAGCAGGUUCCCUGUAUGCAUCCUAUGAUAAUUUGCCCAACAAAUUUGGCUAAAAAGUAUAUUGAAAAAACAAUAAAAACGUUGGUAGGGUCAAAUUUCAUACUUUGGUGAAACCUACUCUGCUAAUAAGGUUACAUGAAAUCUUAUAUGAAUUCUUCUUUACCAUUGGGAUGCAUGUCUAAAUAAAAAAAUUAUUCACAAUUUU